AUGGCCAUCGGCCACGUUUCUCCGGGCCGUCUUUCUUGUAGAUGUCUCUCAAGUUCAAGAAUAAAUGCGUUUGGAAUUCAUAUGCUUCCAUCCUCGAUCUCAAAGCAGUUGUUUGGAAAUAUGCACAGAACACACCGGAAAUCAAAAAGGCAGCAAUUGUUAACUGAACUUGCACGCCUUCAUCUUGAUCUGCACCAAAUUCCUUGGGAAGCUGCAUUAAGCGAGCCGUCUACAGACGGGAGCUCCUUAUUAGAUGUUGAAAGUGCAUUGAAGUUAUGUAAAUUUCCGGAUCUAAAAGGAACUUUGGACAGCCAUUUUAGAGAAAUAUCAUUGCAAUUGUCUGCUUGUUGGAUCAACAGAGCAAAGGCAAUGUCGUCAACCCCACUUCCGCCUUUGCCUAAUUUCGAUGCAAUCGGUGGUCUCCCCUCUGGAUGGACUUGUUAUGAUCCGAAAACCGACAUGUGCACCAAAAUCACCCACCCACCUCACUCAGAAGAUCUAUAUUUUGACAUCGAAACUUGCCCUCGAAUUUCAAAACAUGCGAUUAUGGCUGUCGCUGCGUCUUGCAAUGCCUGGUAUUUUUGGAAGUCUCCUCUUUUUGAGUCCCCCUCCCAGUCGGUUGCAUCAGAUUAUCUGAUCCCAUUGGGAAGAGAUCGCCUUGUUAUUGGCCAUAACAUUUCAUUUGAUCGAGCAAGGGUUUUUGAAGAAUACUGCCUAGAUUUAUCAAGUAACCUUUAUUAUCUGGAUACGAUGGCAUUACACUGUGCCGUGUCUGGUCUUUCUAAUCAGCAAAGAACUUUAUGGCUGAAAUAUCGAAAAAUGUUAAAGGAAAUACAGAAAAGGCCUGAUCAGCCGUCUAAUUCACCAGCUAAUAUCCAGGACGAUAAUUUCGAUAAUUUAUUUCAGGAAGAUCUUAGUGAUACCUCAGAGAUACCCGAUUCGUUUACUGAUAUUGAUCAAUAUUCCAAGAGCUCUCUUGGCCGUUGGCUUCAUCAUUCGUCUCCAAACUCUCUUUCCGAAGCUUCGUCGUUGCAUUGUAAUAUACCGGUGCCAUCUAAAGAGGAUCGAAAUUUUUUUCUCAAUUGCACCUCGUUAUCUGAAAUUGAUGAAAAUUGGAAUCAGUUGCUGGAGUAUUGCGCAAAUGAUGUAUUUUUGACUCAUAAGCUUUUCAGGUCUGUAUGGCCCAAAUUUUUCUCAUACAACCCGCAUCCUGCAACUUUUUCUUCAUUACUGGCGAUGGGGAAAAUGAUUCUUCCAAGUGACACUGGCUGGUUCUCAUGGAUCACGGGCUGUGAAUCGCUUUUAAAUUCUUUCUCAAACAAGCUUAAAGAUUCUUUGAAUAAUCUUGCAAUAGAUCUAAUACAGAGCUUUUGUUGCAAUGAUAAGUGGAAAGAUGAUCCUUGGUUAAGGCAUCUUGAUUGGACUCCGGUUCCCGAAAAAUAUUGUUUGCUACCAAAGACAAAAAAGACAGCGAAGAAAAAGACGAAAUCCCACGAACAAGACCAGGUUCCUAUGGUAGAUGACAUGGAAGAUACUCCGCGUCAAUAUGACUAUACUAAGCCAGUAGGGAACCCAUUGUUUUUUGGAAAGCCUAUUUGGUAUAAAAAGCUGUGGGAUCCAACAACCAAGUCAGUUCUCAUAAGCCCCAAAAUGACGAUUGUGCCCUAUUUGCUGGGGAUAACUUGGGAUGAUAAACCUGUGCAUCAUUUGGGGAUUGGAAAAGGGUGGUCAUAUCUUAACCCUGAUCAGUCUCACUCCCCGAUCCCAUAUCCCAAGCCAGAUUCAGAAAGUUCGGACAUGUCCAAUGUUGGGUCUAUUAUUUCCAAGGCUUUUUUCCCCUUUUUCUUAAAUAAGAAGCUGAAAGCCACUCGUUCUCCUGAACUUGCUGAGCUAGCCUUUGAGGCUUGUACUGAAUUUUCAUUCUGGACCUCAUAUAGAUCCAGGGUUUCGGAUGCCCUUGCAAUCGAUCUUCGUAUGCAAACGCCUCCCGAUGUUACUGAUCAUUCCCCGCUUGCAAUAUUGCCUCAAAUAUGUCCUAUGGGCACAAUCACAAGAAGAGCCACUGAUCGCCUUUGGAUGACAAGCACAGCAUCGUCAAAGAGCUCUGUUUUAGGUUCUGAUCUGAAAAGCCGUAUUGUCGCUCCAUCGGGGUGGAAAUUUGUUGGUGCAGAUGUGGAUGCACAAGAAUUGUGGAUAUCUUCCAUUUUCGGAGACGCUCAAUUUGGUGAACAUGGUUCGACAGCUCUUUCUUGGAUGGGCUUAGCAGGCAGCAAAACAGACGGCACCGAUUUGCAUUCAAAAACAGCAUCUUUGCUUGGCAAUGGGGCAACUCGUGAUCUUGCCAAGGUAUUUAAUUAUGCCAGAUUUUAUGGCUCUGGGAUAAAGUUCGCAUCGUCUCUACUUCAUUCGACACAGCCAAAUACUUCCAAGGCAGAAUGCGAUGAAAUAGCCACUAAACUAUACCGCCAAACAAAAGGAGAAGUUUUGUCUACUUCCUCUUCCAAAAAUGGGCAUCUUCUUGUAGGCGGGUCGGAAUCAUAUAUGUUCAAUUCGUUGGCAUCUUUAUCGCUUGGAAGAAAAUAUGACUUGGCGAAUAUAGCUUCUGAAGGCGAAGUGCGCCCCGCAAGUAUUGAGAACGCCCUCAAUGAUAUAAGAACCCCGGUUCUUAAGUCUAGAAUUACAGAUGCGCUGUCUCCUUGGAACAUAGGCGAAGGUUCUCAAUUUGCAACCUCUAGAAUGAAUUGGGUAGUGCAGUCGAGUGCCGUUGAUUAUUUGCACCUUUUAUUGACGGGGAUGUUAUGGCUCUGCAACAGGCAUCAAAUAACAGCUCGGCUUGCCAUCACAAUUCAUGAUGAGGUUCGAUGGCUAGUUAAAGAAGAACAUGCUAUUAGAGCAGCAAUUGCCCUACAAAUCUCGAAUUUGUGGACUAGAGCCGCUUUUUCGCAAGCUAUGGAAAUGCCAGACUUGCCCCUUGCUGUUGCUUUCUUUUCAACGGUAGAAAUAGAUGAUUACUUGAGGAAAGAUCCCAAGUCGCCCUGUCUUUCUCCUCUGCGUAAAGAUCCUCUCCCUCCCGGACUUUCCUACUCGUUUACCGAUUUAAUUCGGGAGAGGCGGAAGGAAUUGAAUACCACAUUCAAAGAUGGACCUUUAAGUGAGUCAGAGCUACUUGGUCCAGCUAUUGAAAGCCCGACAACUGAUGACAAUCAUCUUCACCACCUGACACAUUUAUUGAAUUUAAAUGGCACAUCAAAAUUCUUUAUGCCUAAGCCCGCUUCGCAACGUAUUUCUAUAAUUAUGCAGCAAGAAAAGUUCAAGUCUCAUCCAGACUAUGCCUCGAAAAUUGCGCCUCAUUUGGAAAAGAAAACCUCCAUGAAAAAACUUUUGGAUGUUGAUGAAUUUGGUGACCCGGUUAGGAAAAAGGCUACAUAG